AUGGUCACCGGUAAAUCCCAGCCAGCUGUUGAACCGGUCCAGCUGCCCAUCUCUUCGCCUGAACCCGUUGGCGCCGGCUCCCCACCCUCAAAGCGAGACCUCGCCUCGUGGUGGAGACAGUUCAAGCGAAAUUCGAGGAAAGAUGAUCUGAAAGAAUCUCCGCGGGGCAUCUUUGGAGUACCGUUGAAUGAAAGCAUCAAGUACGCGAAUGUUGCCAUUUCUCUCACUAAUGAACAUGGCGAAAAUUUCAUUUAUGGAUAUGUUCCUAUCGUGGUUGCGAAAUGUGGAGUCUUUCUGAAAGAAAAAGCGACGGAUGUGGAAGGAAUCUUCCGACUUAAUGGAUCCGCAAAACGAAUUAAGGACCUUCAAGAGCUUUUCGACUCACCGGAGCGAUAUGGAAAAGGCUUGGAUUGGGAAGGAUACACCGUUCACGAUGCCGCCAACGUGCUACGCCGCUAUCUAAACCAAUUACCCGAACCCAUCGUACCCCUCGAAUUCUACGAGCGCUUCCGAGAGCCUUUACGAGUGUAUCAAAAACAAGUGCAAGAGGGAUCUCAGGUAGCAGAAGCAGACAAGUUCGAUCAUGCUAAGGCCGUGUCGACGUAUCAGCACUUGAUCUUGCUCCUGUACAUUCUCGAUCUCCUCGCUGUUUUCGCAUCCAAGUCAGAACAGAACCGAAUGACGUCGGCCAAUCUUUCCGCCAUUUUCCAACCCGGCAUGCUCUCCCACCCACAACAUGAUAUGUCCCCGGAAGAGUACAAGCUCAGUCAAGACGUCCUGAUCUUUCUGAUCGAGAAUCAGGAUCACUUCUUGGUGGGAAUGAACGGUACCAAAGCCGAUGAGCAGACCAUCAAGGAGGUUCAAGCUGGCAUUCAGCCAAAAAUUGUGGUACCCUCCGGACAAUCGAUCGGCGGCACUAAGUCGGCUGGCUCAACCAUCAGACGGUCAGCCUCUAGCGCCAGCGCGAGCACGGAGAGCCAUCGAAAGUUGGAUACACUUCGUCGCAAUGCUUCUGUCUCGUCCCGCAACUCACGCAAUUCGCGUACCUCCAAUACGAUCCCUAGCCCCGGAACACCUACUUCGAUCUCUGGCAGUGUACAUCGCAGCAACACCCUUCCCUCUAAAAUGGGUCCUGCAGUUGCCACUGCGCGUCAUGCACGGGCUGUUGAGGCCGGGUCAGCUAAUCCAUCCACGCUCUCUGUUUCGCAUGGCAGUUCACGCUCGACAAGCCGAGCGCCUUCCGUGCGAGAAGAGCCAGAGCCAAAGGAAGAGCAGAAGACUGAGCAAAAGCCCGAGCAAAGAAGCACACAGCCUGUGCCAGCAACAUCGUCAACAGGACCAACAUAUGUUCAUACUUCCACUCAUGGUCCUAUCCCCGUCGCUGCCGCCGCUCACUUGAGUAUCACCGAUCUCCCUCACCCGCAUGAAAAUCUCGACACUCCCACUCCUACAUCCCCACCGCCCCCUCGAGUUGCGACGCCAAAUCGAGAGCGCAAGCUCUCCAAUCUUUUCAGCAAAUCCCCUCCACCUGCAGAUCGUGAGCAUAGAGAACCACGGCAACCCAACCGUCUUAAAAAAAAGCGGAUCCCAGGAAGUGCCAGCGUCAGUGCCCAAAGCUCUUCCAACUCCCUUCAUGGACCAUCUUUCGAACCUCCUGCCGACAUGACUGCAGAGGCCAAUCGCGAGCCACAAUCAAUAGAGGCAGCAUUCGGAGAGGCUACUCCCAGGCCUCCCAAUGCGGCUAUCUUGAAUAACCGCGAAGCAGCAUCAGAAUCCAACCCAUUCUUGGUUGAUCCUGCCGGAAAUCACACUGAAAGUUCUUUGCGACCUCAUCAGUCGCGCACACCCUCGAUGAACUCUCGAUCAUCAUUCACCGACGCGUCUGAUUUAGACCAGCCUGAAGAUGGUAGUCGUGCUGACCGUCGAGAUCACCGGCGAAGCUGGCGCUUCCAUCGCUCUGCGAAGCGUAGCAGUGAACAUGUCGGACUAGGCCUAGCAUCUCCCCCGCUAGGAGCAACCCACCCAGAACUUGAACAAAGCACCAGUUCAAUUGCCAGUGGUGGACAUACAAGCAAUGAUCCCUCUAGUCAGCCUAUCAGCUUGGAUGCUGGCAUCCAAGCCGGUUCAAUAUCAAGUGCUGAGCCCGAGAGGAGGAGUCUCUUUGGUAAAUUCAAAGCCAAGGUGGCUCAGGUUCGAGAUGGGGUCCGUGAUGAUCGAGAGCGAAUGAAGAGCCCUACUCCGCUUGACAGUGGAUCAUCGACUCUCAGCCAACAACCUCUUUCUCCGACUAUUAACCAGACCAAUGGCAAGCCUUCCGGUGAUGUGCCAAGUGAUCCUCCCAAGGAGGAACCAUCGCGUUCUCCAUCAUCACCUCUGCCAGGUGCCGGUCUUCCCCCUCCAAUUCCAGAAGAACCUCACAGCCCUGAGUUGGUAGCUGCUGUUCCUGCUGUCGAUGCCCCAAAGGAAGACUCUGCACCGGCGGCAGAAUCCAAGCCGAUGGAGCCUUUACCUGUCUCUGAACUACCGCUCAAAGACACAGCAACUGAGAAAGAAGUAUCAAACUAG